AUGGCAGCGAAUGCCAAACAUUCAGAAGUCUCGAGAUGGAUUUGUAUCUACCCUUUAUACAUCAAUUCAGAGAAGAAACUGGAAAAUGGACGCAGAAUACCAAAGGAUAAGGUCAGUCAUUUCUAAUAUUAUUGAUGUUCGGUUUUUAGGCCGUAAAGAACCCAACUGCUCAGGAAAUUUAUGAUGUAUUGGUUCAUCAUGGUCUCAAGUGUGAAAUACAGGUAAAGGUUUUAUAUUUUUGGUUUUAAAAUUGUGGGCUUUUAUGUUAUCUAUGAGGAGGAUUAAAGGUGAUGAAGGUUUUGAGUGGUUUAAUGGUUUGAACUGGGGUUGUAAGGUUAAAUUUGUUAUUAUUAGGUGAAAAAAGACUUCUUUACCUUGUAAUGUUAAUAGAUAUUUAAUUUUUAAGUCCAAAUUUUUAUUUUAUUGAAUUUUAUAUUACACAUGAGGUCCUUUCAAGGCAAAUGAAAACUGUGACAAAUUGAGCUUUUAAAUGAGACUUUGAAGACAAGUUUAAUACUGUUAGAUAGAAAAAAAUCUCUUCCUUCUUUCAGAAUAUAGUUUGUAUCACGUUUCGUUAAUUAACUCCAAUUUCAGCCCAAAGUAAUGCACCCACGUGAGCCAGACCGUGAGCCCGGAUUUGUUGGUCGCGUCAAGGUUCAACUCAGGAACGACGAUGGAUCCUUUGUGAAUGAGAAGUUCAAAAAUCGUAAAAGCUUACUUUUCCUAGCGGCCGAAUUCAUUCCCAAGCUGAAAUCCCGACAAGACGGACCAUCAGCUUCCUCAACACAAGCUGGUAAUGCGGCCAAGUCGAAGAAGAACAAAAAGCGAUAA